AUGUUUUUUUUUUUUUCAUCAACAACACACGGACAGGAUAUUACAUGGUUUCCAAAACUGUCGCUCAUUUGGUUCCCCCUCGCUCUUUUGAUUUGGACACUGUCUUUUCCCUCUCUCAAGUCUAUCGUUUACCCCCCCUCCCGGUCGUUGUGUUCCGUGAACAUACGCCAAAAAUGGACCCAUGUUUUAUCCUCCCUCCCUAUUCCCCCGCUUUUUUCCGCUUUGGACUGUGACAUGCCUAUGUGUACAUAUACCAAGCCACAAGUUACCCCCUUUUCUCUUCCCUUCAUUUCUUUGCUUUUUUUGUCUUUGCUUUCUUUUAACCCGCACCCCAGCCCAGCCGUUUAUCUUCAAGUUCAACAACUCCAUUGCUCGUUGUAUAAAAUCUGCUUUGCAUAUACCUCCCAUCCAUCCUACCCAUUCAACCCGUCCAUUCAUGUAGCUGAAAAGGUCACCCCUCUCCUUGCCGUCCCCGCCCUUCAAAGUUCAAAAUCUUUUGCCCUUGUCUUUUCUUUAUUUAACAGAUAA